AUGUCUCAAUUUUGCGUCUCACGCUAUCUGUUGCUCUUUGCUGCUUUGUGGAGCCUCAGCAACCUGGGUUUGCUAGCUGCAUGGCCAGGCUUCGGUGAGAGUAAGCCAAUGGAGCUGUUGGACCCUAAUGUACGGGACUGGGGAGACUAUUCAGAUCUUCCCCCAGGAAUUGAGCAUGGAUUGGGGCUGGAAGAAAAAGUUGAAGAUGGAUACAACAGAGAAGUUGGAGGGUCAUCAUCAAGCUUGGCUCCAGAGAUGGAUUUCCUGGCUGACUUUGCAGGAAAAAAGCGUCUGUGGGUGAUAACAGCUCAGUCCAGCAAUGACCACUACCUUCGUAUGAUGGAGAAACAGCUAGAAGAAAUGGAGCAGAAAGGAUUGAACUGCCAUUUAGCAGAAAGAGACACAUACAUCAUUACCAUCAUCCAGAAUGCCAUGAUGGAGGGACGCAUCCAGAAAACAACUUUUCAAGGAGAUGCCACAGUCGAGAACCUGGACCCCGACAUGGUCACCAAACUGCUGCACUACCUGGAGCUCACCAGCCAAGAGCAAGCGUUCACCAUGCUGGUUAUGAAGAAGAACCUACGGGUCAGCGAGCGCUUCCCUUAUCCGGUCCGUGUCGAGGCCAUUUUAGAGCUCAUUGAUCAGUUCCCUAUGAGGAAGCUGGAGAAGAUAACCAGAAAAGGAUCUCAGUUCAGGUGUAAAACCACCAAGAAGAAGAUUGUGAUAAAAAGAAAAAAGAUGACGCCGAGCCCUCAGAGGCGAGGAAAUGUGACUUCUGUGGUGGCAUUACAAAGACGUCCUCUGGAUAAAAAAGCUGCCCUGAAGAGUAGGAUUCAGGAUAUACUGAAUGGUCGGUCGAGGUUUGUAAUCCGUAAAGUGCCUGUGAGGACAAAGACUUCGAGCAGUGAUGAUCGUGCCACUUCAAAUGCACAGGAAAAAGCAAGAGUGACCAGUCCUCCAUCUGUUUCAAGGAGCAAUAAGGAAAUUAAGAAAGACAGCACUCACCCAUCUGUGGAAGAAGGAAAGAAGAAACAUGCAGAGAAAAAAAAUGGAGCUCAAACUGAGCAGAGUGGAAAGGAGAACAAAAAGGAAAAACAGAGGUCUAAGAAAAAAGGCAAAGGGAAAAAGGGAAAGAAGAGAAAAGGAAGGGGGGGGAAGUCCAACAGAGAGGCAAGUGAGAAGGAUAAAGCAGCACUGAAGGAGUUUUUUGACAGUUUAAAGGGGACCAGAAGGUUGAUGGUGAUCUCAACACCCAGCAGAGAUGCAACACUCUACACCCAGCAGACUGAAGAGAACGGGAAACAUCGCUGUGAACUCGCUAUGAGGAAGAUCACAGUGGCAACCAUUGCUGGUCAAGGAAGUGAUGCUACACUUACACUGCAGCACUACCGCCUAGAGUCAGAAUCUCCACUCAGUGACCGUGGAGAGCAUUUAUUGGAUUCAGGCCCCAUCUCUCUGCUGAGAGCAGAGCUCGGCCUGUCAUCGCCUGACCUCUUUUCAAUGACGGUCACAGAUUAUGACAUCAAGCCCGGUAGAGUCUUCGAGGCUCCCCCAUCAAGCCUGGCUUUGUUUGAAUACAUUGACAACUUUCCCUCAAGGCACCCAGAAAAAGAGAAGGAAAGAAAGAGUCCUCCAAUGUGCUCUAAAGACACGCAACAGUCUGUAACAGAAAAUUCACUUCUCAGGUUCAUGUCAAAGAGAAGACUGCUGCUCAUCUCUGCUCCCUCUGAGGAUGACUAUUUUUUCCAGCAGCAGCUCUCUGCUGUCAGAGGACAGGAGUGUCACCUGGGUAUUCGCCACUUUGCCAUGCUAAAGCUGUUAGGAACUGCAGAAAAAGCAUCAGGAACUGUUGAGUUAUUUCCCUUAAAUGGUCGCAGUCAGACCGAGGUUGAGUCGUUAUCCCCUGAUAUGGUCAACAAUAUGAGAGAGCAGCUAAAGAUUGGUAAGGAUUAUUUCAGCAUGGUGGUUGUGGGGAAGGAUGGCGACAUCAAGGCAUGGUUCCCAUCCCCAACAUGGUCUCUGGAUAAUAUCUACGACCUGGUGGACUCUAUGGAGCUCCGCCUUGAGGAGGAGAAGCUGCAGAAGAGACUGGGGAUUCAUUGCCUGGAGGACAGAGGAAGAGGAGGCAGCGAGGGGGGGGAAUAUCGUGGAUACAAUGAAGAGACGGCAGAAGAGAUGCACUUCUACCACCAAUCGGAGGAAUAAUGAGAAAAAAGGAGGAAGAAGCAUUUAUCUACCUAAAUUCUUGAAAUGAAAAAGAAAAUGUAUCAACACAUGGAUUUGACAAGAGCCAAUGAUUAAACAAAGACCUCUAAACUGGACUCAUAGGAAUCAGUAAAGUCUGUAUAGAUGAUGAUCUGGUGGCUACUGCAAUAAUAA